GUUUCGAGUUGAUAGAAGGCCUGCACUUGGCAACUAAAUAGACACCAGAAUAGACUCAAACACCGCCUUCUAGGAAUUUUUACCUGUCUAAUCACCCUGUGUUGUCCAGGAAAUGUGUUAAAGCAAGGAUAGGAUUCCUAUUUGCAUUCUCGAAGACUAAAUAUGGGCAAGAAUAAAAGAAAAUAUUCUGGAAGGAAAAGGAAGCGCCUUCCUGCCGAAAGAUGUGGUGAGAGCCAAAGAUUCUACUGACCAGAUAAACAUUUAAUGUUUUAAAUUAUGAAAUCACUUUAUAUAUUAAUAUCUUAUAUUAAUACUGCCUUUCUCAUCAGUCUUGCCUUAUCUUUGUUUAAAUUCAACUAGGGAUUUUACUUGACAGGGGUAGCAGGUGAGUGAGGAGAUAUGAACCGUGGGUUCUGAACCCAGCUUAUCCCCUUACUUGCUGUGUGAACUCCUCUGGGCCUCAGUUUCCUAAUCUGUAUCAGGAACCAAUGGACAGAGCUUCUGUUUGAGUGUUUAACUUUCCUCUCUAAAACUGAGGUAUCAAAAAAAAAUGAUCAAGGUGAAAAGUAGGAGUGAUUACAAAGAUAGCACAUGCUCGUACACACAUGCGCAAACACAAACUCAAUCACUUACAGUUUGGUUACUCUGCCGCAUGUUAAUGGAUUUAUUUUGGCUUAGACUCAGGGUCAUAUUACAUCACCAAGUUUAAUUCUAAAGAAAAGAAAUUUUUCUUUCUUUUCAUUUGGCUUGUGGAAUUACAAUGCAUUGUGUAGAGCUAAUCUUAGCCAAGGAUGACCACAAUCAUAAAGCUAAUUUGUUUCUCUGACAUGAGUCUGCAUUAAUUUACACAGGAAUUAUUGGACCUUAGUCAAGAUCAGACCAGCCUUCAGUGGCUUAGCUAACUUUUAUUUCCUAAGGGUGAUUUUAAAUAUCAAAAUUUGUUAUUUUCCAAGUUCACUGACUAGAAUAUGCAUAUUUAUGAUAGGAUAAGUUCUUCAUAAUGUCUUCAUAAUAUACUCAGGACUUCAUGAUCGCUCCAAUAUUUAGAUUAAUACUUAGAGUCUUAUGUAUUACCACUGAUUUUCUUCAUUUAUUGAACCUAAAAGAUCAUCCUUGUUUUCUUUAUGAGACUAUUUUUCACUUUCCUUUUUUCUAAUUUUUUGAUAGUUUCUCUAUUUUUAUGAUUUAGCUACAGAGGAAGUCUAUAAAUUAAUCCUCCAGGAUACAGUCUUUCAUAGAAUACAGUUCCAUGAACAUAGUGCCUAAUGAAAUAAAUUAUCCUCUUUCAUUCGUUCCCAAUAUAAUUAUUGUUUUAAUGUAUACUUUAAUAAAGCUAAUCCCAGCUCCAGUCUCCAAUCUCUAGCCUUUCCGUGGCAUGUAUCCUAAAUUUUAUUUCUAUAUGUAAUGAGGGGAUUGUUUCAAUUCUCCUCUUGUGCAUAACAAACUACCCCCAAAACUCAGUGGUUUAGGGAGUUCCCGUCAUGGCUCGGCAGUGACGAACACGACUAGUAUCCAUGAGGACAUGGAUUUGAUCCCUGGUCUCACUCAGUGGGUUAAGGAUCUGGCAUUUCUGUGAGCUGUGGUAGAGUUUGCAGAUGCCACAACUAUAGUUCCGAUUUGAUCCCUAGCCUGAGAACUUCCAUAUGAAGCAAUAAAAAGAAAAAAAAAAAACAACAAAAAACCUUAGUGGUUUAAAAUGAUCAUUUUGUUAUUAUUUGUCACAACCCCGAGGAUUAACCAGGGCUCAGCUGGAUGGUUCUUCUGCCCUUCUCAUUCAGAGGCUCUCAGGCAGCUUCAGGCUAUGGCACGUGACACUGGAAUGUCCACAGUGGCUUCAUUCUGGCUUCUUGGUUGGACAGCUGGGCUCAGCUGGGACACGGGGACAGCCGAAUGUCUCCCUCUUCACGUAGCCUCUCAACAUGUUGUCUCCAGCUAUGAAGCCCACUUUUUACAUGGUAGCUCAGGGCUUUCAAGAGGCAAACAUGGAAGCUCCCAGGCCUUCUUAAGGCUCAGUCUCAGAAUCACUCCUGUUGAAGAAGGUCAUGAGAUGAUGUCAUGUUCAAUGUGGAAAUAUCCAGAGCAUGAGUUAUUGAAGCAUGAAGAGAUGGUUUAUUGGGGACCAUAUUUGGAUAACACGUCAGGUUUCCCUUUUUCUCCAUUAAGACCUCAGUUCUUCUCUACUCCUUUUUCAGUUCCCUGCAUCUCUAGUGGUCUGCCUAAACCUACAAAUAUCACCUUCUUAUCCAUAAACAUGAAGAAUAUCCUACAAUGGAACCCACCAGAGGGUCUGCAUGGAGCGGAAAUUACUUACACUGUGCAGUAUUUCAUAUAUGGGCAGAAGAAAUGGCUGAAUAAAUCCGAAUGCAGAAAUAUCAGUAGGACCUACUGUGAUCUCUCUGUUGAGACUUCUGACUACGAACAUCAGUAUUAUGCCAAAGUUAAGGCCAUUUGGGGCAUGAAUUGUUCCAAAUGGGCAGAAACUGGACGAUUCUAUCCUUUCUUAGAAACACAAAUUGGCCCACCAGAGGUUGCUCUGACUACUGAUGAGAAAUCCAUUUCUAUUGUUCUGACUGCUCCAGAGAAGUGGAAGAAAAAUCCAGAAGAAAGUUCUAUUUCCAUGCAACAAAUAUACUCUAAUCUGAAGUAUAAUGUGUCCAUAUAUAAUACUAAAUCAAAUAGAAUGUGGUCCCAGUGUGUGACGAACCAUACGCUGGUGCUCAGCUGGCUGGAGCCAGACACUGUGUACUGCGUCCUUGUGGAGUCCUUGGUCCCAGGCCCUCCUCGCCUCGCUCGGCCUUCUGAGAAGCAGUGUGUCAGCACUUUGAAAGAUCAAACAUCAGAGUUGAAGGUUAAAAUCAUCUUCUGGUAUGUCUUGCCCAUAUCUGUUACCGUGUUUAUUUUUUCCGUGACGGGCUACUUCAUGUACAGAUAUACCCAUGUCGGCAAAGAGAAACACCCAGCAAAUCUGAUUUUGAUCUAUGGAAAUGAAUUUGACAGAAGGUUCUUUGUACCUGCUGAAAAAAUUGUGAUUAACUUUAUCACCCUCAAUAUUUUGGAGGAGUCUAAUAAAGCUUCGCAGAAGGAUAUAAGCGUGAUAGAAAAAAGUGAUGAUGUGUGGGGCCUGAAUGAGCCCAUUGAGGACAAGGAGCCCCCUUGGGAGGAAAUGGAGGUGAGACACCUGGGGUAUGCUUCACAGUUGAUGGACAUUGUGUGUGACCCUGAGGAAACCGCCAGAGGAACUUCCCUAAGGCAACAGGAGCCACCCAGCAGAACAAUGCCCACAGACAAAACAGUCGUUGAGUAUGAAUACAAUGUGAGAACUUUCAAUGACAUUUCCCUGGGCCCUGGAGAUCAGGAGUCCAACCCACAGGAGGAGGCAUCCCAACGGGGAAAGUUAUUUGAGCAACAGGCACCUUUGGCCAACUUGGACCCACAAACACAGCUGUAUCCAUACACCCCUCAGCUCAGAGACUUGGAGCACCUGCCACAAGGGCACAUGGAUACAGAGGAGGGGCCCGAGGAAGAGCCUUCGACCACGCUGGUCGAUUGGGACCCUCGGACUGGCAGGCUGUGUAUACCUUCAUUAUCCAGCUUUGAACACCACUCGGAGGGAUGUGGGCACCCUGAGUCCGAGGGGCUCGCAGAGGAGGGCCUCUUGGCUAGACUUUAUGAGGAACAGGUUCCAGACACGGCACCGGGAGACAGUGCAGCCUAUCUCGUGCAAUUUAUGGAGGAAUGGGGCUUAUUCAUACAGAUGGAAGACUAAUACGCAAACCUCCUCUUGCCACACCUCUACCGCGACAAGACACUGCGUGCAAAUUAGAUGAGUGACUGAAGAAGUAGGCACCUGAGAGAGAGGUUUACUCAGAUUUCUGUGUCAGGGAGAAUUUUUUAUUUCUUCUGUUUUCAUAGCACUUGUUUCAUUCUGCCUCAUAUGGGUGGUUGGGUCCCGUGGGUGGGCACCUGCAGUGAUGCGUCUCCUGCAGCGAUGGUGGGCACCCAGUGUGGUGGAUGACCCACUCUCUGUACCCAAGAAAUAUUCAAAAACAUUGGUCAAAUUAGAUGCAGAAUUUAUUCAGAUGAA